CCCCCAAUCCCCAGGGCCGGGGCCAAGGGGGAGUUCUGGGACAGCGCGGUGCGGCAGAUCUUGGGAGGGGACCCCCCGGGCUCUGACGUCCAGCGCCAGCUCUUCCGGGCAUUCUGCUACCGGGAGGCUGAGGGGCCUCGAGAGGUCUGCAGUCGCCUCCACCAUCUGUACCGGCAGUGGCUGAGGCCGGAGACGCACACGAAGGCGCAGAUGCUGGACCUGGUGAUCCUGGAGCAGUUCCUGACUGUUCUGCCCCCGGCAAUGGAGAGCUGGGUCCGGGAGUGUGGGGCAGAGACCAGCUCUCAGGCGGUGGCCCUGGCCGAAGGCUUCCUCCUGAGCCAGGCGGAGGACAGGCAUGAGGAAGAGAGGGUGGCCGAAGUGGCCAGGGGCCCCACCGAGGAGGCCGGUUUGGAUUCUGGGCAGCCCAUGCUGGAGGCGGACCAAGGCCCCCCCCCGCCCGGUGAUGGCGCAACAAUGCUGGCGGUGCAUCCUGGUCUUGGAAGUGGGCUAGAGACGAGGGCAGGGCGGUUGCCGGACCAGUGGCUGGUGACUUUAGAAGAGGUGGCUGUCUCCUUCACAGAGGAGGAGUGGGCGCUGCUGGAUCCAGGCCAGCGAGCUCUCCAGUGGGAAGUCAUGGCGGAGAAUUAUGGGAAUCUGGCUACUCUGGGAGAGGUGGUGGAGAGUGAGAGCAAGGUGCAACAGCAGAGAAGGAAACCGGAGUCCCAACAGCAGGCAUGGUCCGAAGGCCCCGACCUCUGCAGCUUUUCGGCCCAAGGAGCACAUUGGGGAGGGAGAGAAAGGCAGGCGACACCUUCGUGCUCAGCAAGCUUAGCUGGUGAGUCAGGCGUGAGGAGGAGGAGGCACCCCCGCAUUCACAAGGGAGAGGCUGUCCUGAAAUGCUCUGAGUGUGGCAAGAGCUUCAGCCGGCGUUACAGCCUAACUAGGCACCAGCGAGUGCACACGGGGGAGAAAUGGUGGACCUGCUCUGUCUGUGGCAAGAGCUUCAGCCAGAGGUACCAUCUGACGAGGCAUCAGAGGAUACACACGGCUGAGGAAUGGUGGAUUUGCUCCGUCUGCGGAAAGAGCUUCCGCUGCAGCAACAGCCGGAUCAGGCACGAGCGGAUUCACACGGGGGAAAAGCCCUUUGUGUGUGCCGAGUGCGGUCGGCGCUUCAGCGAGAGCUCGACUCUUUACAAACAUCAGAGGGUGCACACGGGAGAGAAGCCUUAUAAAUGCUCCGAGUGUGGAAAGAGCUUUCGGCAGAAGAUCAAUCUGACGAGGCACCGCACUGUUCACACGGGAGAAAGACCAUAUCCAUGCUCUGAGUGCGGAAAGAGCUUCAGUCAGAAGGUGAGUCUGUCCUUGCACCGUACGAUCCACACGGGGGAGAAGCCAUACAAGUGUGUGGAGUGCGGAAAGAGUUUCACCCAGAGGGUAAACUUGACUUCUCAUCAGAGGACCCACACAGGAGAGAAGCCCUAUCAGUGUCCCAAGUGUGGGAAGAGCUUCAGCCGUAGUAACAGUCUUGCCGAUCAUCUGAAACAUCACCUAAACCUCCAGUGUGCAGCAAAUCUUAGGUUGCACCGCCAGCAGCCAUGCUGGAAAGACCCCUGUGAAUGCUCAGGAUCUUUGGCAAGAGAAGGACAGGCGAUGCGCUGCGGCAUGGCUUGUCAAGGGGCGCCCCCUGGGCAAUGAAGCAGAAGGGUAACGCACUGCGUAAAGGUUUGACGGGGGGCAGCCUUCCCUUGGCAUCCCAGGCGCUGGACUGGCAGGGAAGGACUGCGAACAAGUUUUUGCCGAAGCCGGAUUCCUGCAGGGUCUUGGGAGCUUCUGGUGGGGAACAGCCAGCCAGCCUCGACUUCCGUGUCCCCUUUCCAAACUCUCCCAGCCACGGAGGUCUGAACUGUGUCAUGAGAUGGUGGUGGCUCUGUUCACAGAAGGGGAUAGAUGGAGGUGAGCAGAGGCUCUGCAGAGGAGGUCCAAAUGGAAAUCUCUCACCUUUUCCCAUUCCACACCAGAUGUCUUAACGGAAGUCCCCACAGGGGCAGGAGGGUGGGGCCUCCAUCCAGCCUGGGUUCCUAAUGGGUGGUGAGCAGAAGCCAUCUGCCUCUAGUCAAGGAAAUAACUGGAACCGUCAUGGUCAGGUGCCGCUUACAGCCUUAUCCUCUGUGAAUUUUGUUUAACGCCAGCCUCAGUAGCUUUCUCCCUCCAAAUAAAGAGCAGUGCUCCUGUCCGUGCAUAGAGUGCCCUUCUCUCCUCCCACAUAAAGACAGGUGCCUUCUGCAGCAGCCUCUGGAGGCAUCGUGUAGGCAGCAGGGACGAUGCUGAAUCUACCAGGAGUGACACUGCUGCUGCUGGAUGGGCUCCAGUUAAGUCCUAUUGCAACCAAGGAGGAACCUUGCCAAUUGUCUCUAGGAGCCUGGAUCAAUCAUAGAAUGACACCUUUUAAGUGGGGCGGGGGGGAGAGGCACUCCCCUUUGCCAAUGGGGAAAGAAACACAAGUGCCAGAAACACCACAAGUUUGGGUUGGACAUCAGGACAAAUUACCUAAUAGGGAGAGCUAUUCAGCAGUGGGAUUAGCUGCCUCAGGAGGGAGGGGUGUUUGUUUCAGCUGAGGCUGGAGGACCACCUCUCCUGCAGGUCGGGGCACCAUAGCAGUGCUCCAGGUUGCCUCCCAGCCCUGACAUCCCAAGAAGACCUUGGCUUGGGGCGAAGCCUUCCCCGACACAGAGCAGAAUGGGCCCCGAUGCUUUUCUGCUUUGAAAAAGAGUAACUUGUCUGCAUCAGCUGAAGCUAAGUGGGUGAGCGACACAAGGGGCUUUCAGUUCUGCAGAACAAAACAGAACAAUUAUCAUAUUGUCCUGGCCUUGGUCAAAUGCCUUGGCCAAGACCAAAGCCCUGGGGGGCUCCAUCGCCUGCCUCUCAGGGGAAGGCCAUGAUCCCUAACCCAGGUGGCUUCUCUCACCUUGCCUAGCAGAACAAUCAGCCCUGACUCUCAGUUCUUUUCCCUUCCUUCCUGGGUAGCAAUCCAAGUCCCAUACACUGUGUAAUGGACAGUGUAGUCCAUUACAUUGCAGCCUCUUGGUAGGGACUCUUACUUGCACAAUGCUUAAAGGUGAGUCAUCAACAGGUGCCGGAAAUGUAAAAACAGCUGGAGGACCCGUGGCCCUCCAGGUGUGGCUGGACCCUUGAGUUCCCUCUGUCCCAUUCAGCUGACGGAAAUGGCAUUGCCAGUGCUGCUCCUGGAGGAAGCAGCCUUAGGCUUUGGGGGUUAACCUGAGUAAGUGGAUGCCUGGGUUCCUGGAAGAGAGAGGAGGAGGCUUCUGGCAGGCCUUCUGGAUUCCCCCCUCACCCCAGCCUCCUCCCUCUGCUCCCCAUUUCUUUCUCUCAUCUGGGGAUAAGCGCGCACAAUGCUCAGGUAACGACUUUCUCUCUUCUGGCAGCUUG